AUGUCCUCCGAUGUGCACGCGGAUGCUGCCUCCUCCGAGCCCAAGACGAUGAUAAGCAAGGAAGAGUUGGCCGCUUCAUACGGGAAGUCAGCGGGUGGUUACGAGUCGAUGCUUGACCAGGAGGUGGUCGAUAAGAAAGUGCUCUACGACAAGAUUGUGGACAUGCUUUUGUCAGGGCUUGGAGAACUCGAGGGCCCAGUGGCGGACGUGUCCUGCGGACCUGGGCACGUCUUGGCGAUGCUGAAGGAGCGCCAGAAAGAACGGCCUCUCAUGGGCAGCGACCUUUGCCAGGACAUGGUUGAUCGAGCUGCCAAGCGGCUUCCAGAUGCAAAGUUUCAGCGUGCCGACAUGACGGAUCUGUCCGGUGCCUUCAAAGACGCCGAGUUGGCAGGUAUGAUCAACAUGUUCGCACUCCACCAUGUGGACGAGAUGGGCGUGAAAGCUGCUCUUGCGGAGGCUUCUCGCGUACUCAGAGGAAGUGGUUGCCUCCUACUCGCGUUCUGGGAAGGCCCCACCCACGGGGCGCAGAUGCCCAGUGCGCCGAAGGACUCAGACACACAUGGUCGAAUCCAGGUCUCAGCACGACCGUCUAGGCAGCCCAUCGGUCUCUCAGACUGUGAAGAGUGGGGCGCAGCUCAUCUUUGGAGUACGGCCGGAAUGUACGCUCUGGCCGCUGCUGCAGGCUUCGACCCGGUUUCAGAGCAUCAAGAGCUCGAGAAGGAGUUUGACAUGAACAUGGCUUUCCUCUGCUUGAAGAAGAGAAGCUGA